UUAUCGAUUAUUUAAUUUCUGCACCAAAACAUUUAACAAAAUUUAUAAGCGAAGCCUAGACAAACGCUGUUUCUUCAAAAACCCUGAGCUAAGAAUACAACAACAUGAGCACACAGCGCGGCAACGCGACUCGCACACGUGCACAAAAACACAAAAAUCGUCAUGUAUUUAAAAACGAUUUGCAUGACAAGACGCCACAGCAGAUGCGCCUCAAUAAAAUGCAUGUGUCGACCGUGUGCCAGCGCUGCAAGGAGGUCAUCGAGUGGAAGAUCAAAUACAAGAAGUAUAAGCCCCUCACGCAGGCCAAGACGUGCGCCCGCUGCCAACAGCGGACUGUCCGCAAGGCAUACCAUGUCAUCUGCAAGGACUGCGCCGUCAAGGAUCAUGUGUGUGCCAAGUGCCUUAAGAGCGCCGACGAGGUGGAAAUUGAGGCGCCACAGCCGACGCCGCAGGAAGAGCAGCAGCUGCAGGUCGAAAUGGAUAGAUUAAUCAAAUCGUUCUCAGAGCGCAAGCGACGCGCCUUUCUACGCUUCAUGGAGAAGGGGCGCAAGCAGGAAACUGAGGAGCCACUCGACGAGGAGGAGCGCGAGGCUCAAGAGAAGGCAACACGGGUUAGGCAUACACGUGAGGAGCUGCUAGAUAAGAUCAAACAGCUGAAUCUCGCCGAAGAAGACGACGAUUAUGGCGAAGAUGAGGAUGAGGAUGAAGACGAGGAGGGUGAAUCUGAUUUCGGUUCAGAGGAAAACAGCAGUGAAGAGGACAGCGAAGAAGAGCCGCAAAAAGCGAAAACUAUAGUAAAGAAGUAACGUUCAACUGCCUUAACACUGUGCACUUAGAGUAUA